AUGUCCAACAAUCUCUCCAGUUCUGAGUUUCUCCUUCUGGAAUUCUCAGAGGUUCGGGAACUGCAAAUUCUACACUCUGUUGUGUUCCUGGUGUUGUAUUUGUCAGUUGUAUCAGGAAACCUUCUCAUCAUUUCUGCAGUAGCUCUGGACCAUCGCCUAAAUUCCCCAAUGUACUUCUUUCUUUUUAACUUGGCCAUGCAAGACCUGGGCCAAGUGACAGUCAUUAUUCCCAAAUCCAUGGCCAAUUCUCUUAUGAAUACCAGGCAUAUUUCUUAUUCAGGCUGUAUUGUUCAACUCCUUUUGUUUAUUUUCUUUUUAUCAUCUGAUUUCUUCCUCCUCACAGUCAUGGCCUAUGAUCGCUACGUUGCCAUUUGCAAUCCGUUACAUUAUGAGAUGGUGAUGAACAGGCAAGCCUGCAUUGAAAUGGUUGCUAGCGUAUGGAUCAGUGGUCUCGUCUUUGGAAUGCUACACACCAGUGGCACCUUUGCCACCCCUUUCUGCUCUAAUGCUGUCAAUCAAUUUUUCUGUGCAAUCCCACAGUUACUUAAACUCGCUUGCUGGGAGGUAAAUGCAAUUGAAAUUGGAGUUGUCCUGCUGAGUGUUGUUAUUGCACUAGGCUGCUUUAUAUUCAUCAUUGUAUCCUAUGUGCAGAUUUUCACUACGGUCUUAAGGAUGCCCUCUGUGCAGGGAAGGCAAAAAGCCUUCUUAACUUGUCUUCCCCAUCUGAUUGUAUUUUCUAUACUUGUGCUCAGUGGUUGGCUUUCCUAUCUGUGCACCAUUUCAGACACCACAUCACAUCUGGACUUGGCCUUUGCUGUCAUCUAUACCAUAGUCCCACCCUUACUUAACCCAGUGAUUUACAGCAUGAGGAACAAGGAGUUCAAGGCUGCCUUGUCAAAACUAUUGCAUUUGGGGAACUCUUCUAACAGUUAA